AUGGAAAUGUCUUAUAAUUCGACAGGAGAAAAUGAAUUCAAUUCCCCCCAGAAUUUAACUGUACCCAGCGCAUCCAGUCCAGUUGAGAACAGCGUAAAGGAGCCUUGUACCACACCACUGAGCAAUGAUACUUUAUAUUCCAACACAAACAGCCCUUCAGAUUCUUGUGUGAAACCUCUCUGCGAUGCAGCAUCCGAAAAGAAAAGCCAGUGCAACGAAGGAGUUAAAUAUGUCUCCUCCGAAGGUGUCAAGUGUGGGUGGGGGGCUUUCACGCCUGCUUGUUUACAGUUCUUCAACACACCUAAGGGCGUCUUGUUAUUCCUCUGUGUGGCUUCUUUUUUGCAAGGGAUGAUAGUGAAUGGCUUCAUUAAUACAGUCAUCACCUCAAUAGAACGGCGCUUUGACCUGCACAGCUACCAGAGUGGACUGAUUGCAAGCUCUUAUGACAUAGCAGCAUGUGGCUGCUUGACGUUUGUCAGUUACUUUGGGGGCAAUGGGCAUAAACCGCGGUGGCUGGGAUGGGGAGUGCUCAUUAUGGGAGUCGGCUCCCUUGUCUUUGCAUUGCCCCACUUCACCACUAGCCAGUAUGAAGUACACCUGCCAAAAGAGAACGGCAUGUGCUCUUCCAACCAGAGCAUGCCAUGUGCGGAAAGCAUCUCGAUCCUCUCAAACUACAGAUUUGUCUUCAUGCUCGGGCAGUUCCUGCAUGGUAUUGGAGCGACACCACUCUACACUCUUGGAGUGACCUAUUUAGAUGAAAAUGUCAAGUCUAAUUAUUCCCCUGUGUAUAUUGCUAUUUUCUACACUGCUGCAAUUCUUGGGCCCGCAGCAGGUUAUCUGGUAGGAGGAAUGUUUCUAAAUAUUUAUACUCAUAUAGGCAAACAAAUGGAUCUAACCCCAGAUAAUACUCUCUGGGUUGGGGCCUGGUGGAUAGGAUUCCUGGGUGCUGGAGCUGCUGCCCUUCUCACUGCCAUUCCCAUUCUGGGUUACCCUCGCCAGCUGCCAGGAUCCCAGCGCUACAUCAUCAUGAGAGUCUCUGAGGCUCAUCAGCUGAAAGAUGGGAGCCAAGAAAUGGCAUCGGAUCCCGCCUUUGGGAAAACAGUUAAAGACCUUCCACGAUCAUUAUUGCUGCUUCUGAAGAACCCUACCUUCAUCUUCCUCUGUUUAGCUGGAGCAACUGAAGCCACGCUCAUUGCGGGAAUGUCUACUUUUGGACCCAAGUUCCUUGAGUCACAGUAUAGUUUAAGUGCCUCUGAAGCUGCUACCUUGUUUGGUUAUCUUGUUGUGCCAGCGGGGGGAGGAGGCACAUUCCUGGGAGGAUUCAUCGUGAAUAAGUUUAAGCUUCGCUGUUCCAGAAUCAUCAAGUUGUGUUUACUUUGCACAGUGACAAGUCUCCUGGCUGUUUUCAUAUUUUUCAUUCAUUGCCCUAACAUGCCUAUGGCGGGAGUAACGCAGAUGUACGACCGAAGCAUCUUACUGGAAAGCAGCCUAAACCUGACAGCAGCGUGCAACACCGAAUGUGACUGUCUAAGGGAGAUCUACAGUCCAGUCUGUGGAAGUGAUGACAUCAUGUAUUACUCUGCCUGCUAUGCAGGGUGCAAAAAAAAAACAUCAAUCCUCGAUAGUGGCAAGACGGUUUACUAUGAAUGUAGCUGUGUCCUGGAGAAUGAUCCCAGUGGUUCUGCCCAAGCGAUUCCAGGGAAAUGCACUUCCUCCUGUGAGAGAACUGUCCUGCUGCUUUUCAUGUUUUUUGUGAUUUUCUUUACAUUCCUAUGCAGUAUUCCGGCGCUGACCGCAACUCUACGGUGCGUCUCCGACCGACAGAGAUCAUUUGCACUAGGAAUCCAGUGGAUUGUAGUAAGAACUCUAGGAGCCAUUCCCGGUCCUAUUGCCUUUGGCUCAAUGAUUGAUCUAUCAUGUCUGGUGUGGCAGGACCAAUGUGGAGAACAAGGUUCUUGCUACGUUUACCAGAACUCCGCCAUGAGCCGAUACACUCUGGUUGCUGGAAUUGUCUACAAGGUGGUUGGAACAGUCUUCUUCCUGCUGGCCUGUUUCCUUUACAAACCGCCUCCCCCCGAAUCCCUACCAGGGAGCUCAGAUGCAUCGGAAAAUGGGAACUGUGUCCUCCAGGAGAACAAAUCUUCUCUCCAGACCCAAGCUGCUGACUAG